GGAAGAUGAAUAAAACCCUCCAGUACUGAGAAAAAUAAACUAAAUUGUUGUCAAGCUGCAGUAUGUAUCGUCUCUUCUUCUGUUUGUAUACAGAGUGAAAUGGCAGAAGCCAGUAUUUCAGUGGCUCAGGAUCAGUUCUGCUGUUCAGUUUGUCUGGAUCUACUGAAGGAUCCAGUGAGCAUUCCCUGUGGACACAGUUACUGUAUGAACUGUAUUACAGACUACUGGAAUCAGGAGGAUCUGAGGGGAGUCUACAGAUGCCCGCAGUGCAGAAAAGCCUUCACUCCAAGACCUGUUUUAGGCAAAAAUGUGAUGAUUGCUGAAAUGGUGGAAAAACUGAAGAAGAUGGAAAUCCAAGCUACUCGCCCUGCUCCCCAUCACACCGGAUCCAGAGAUGUGGAGUGUGACAUCUGUACUGGAAGAAAACAGAAAGCCAUCAAGUCCUGUCUGGUGUGUCUCAACUCUUACUGUCAAAAUCAUCUUGAACAACAUGAGAAUUUCUUCAGGAGUAAGAGACACAACUUGAUUGAUGCCACUGGACGACUUAAAGAGAUGAUCUGCCCUCAACAUGAUAAAAUGCUGGAAAUUUACUGUCAAACUGAUCAGAGAUGUAUUUGUAUGCUGUGUAUGGUGGAUGAACAUAAGAACCACGACAAUGUAUCAGCUGCAACAGCGAGAACUGAAAAACAGAGAUAUUUGGGGCAAACACAUAGUAAACUCCAGCAGAGAAUCGAGAAGAAAGAAAAAUAUGUUCAGGAGCUGAGAGAUGCUGUGGAGAAACAGAAGCACUCUGCACAGACAGCAGUGGAGGACUGUGAGCUGAUCUUCACUGAGUUGAUCUCAUCCAUUGAGAAAAGGCGCUCUGAGAUGACACAGCUGAUCAGAGAUCAGGAAAAGGCUACAGUGAGUCGAGCUGAAGAACUCUUGAAGCGACUGGAGCAGGAGAUUGAUGAUCUAAGGAGGAGAAAUGCUGGACUAAUGCAGCUUUCAAACAGCGAUGAUCACAUUAGAUUCCUGCAGAGUUUCCAGUCACUCUCUGUCCCUCUUGGAUCUACAGACAACAUCAAUGUCACUUCUCAUCUCAAUUUUGAUGAUAUAGUGAAAUCUGUCGCUCAAUUCAGAGACAAACUGCAGCACUUCUUCAGAGAGGAGACCGAGAAGAUAUCACCUAGAGUGAGAGGCACUUUUCAGAUCAUUUUCACUCCUGAAUUCAACACAAGGGAGGAGUUCCUUCAAUAUUUCCGUCACUUCACUCUGGAUCCAAACACAAUGAAUUAUUUCCUCCAUCUCUCUGAGGACAACAAAAAUGUUACUGCCACUGACACACCCCGGCACUAUCCUGAUCAUCUGGAUAGAUUUGAUGUGUGGUUUGAGGUGUUGUGUAAUGAGAGUGUUGAUGGACGUUGUUACUUGGAGGUGGACUGGAUUGGGAAAGAUGGAGUGGACAUAGCCAUGACAUAUAAGAGUAUCAGGAGGAAGGGAGAUGGUCCUGAGAGUGCAGCUGGACGUAAUGAUCAGUCCUGGAGUUUGUUUUGCUCUCCUUCCAGUUACUCAUUCUGGCAUAAUAACAUUGAGACCAUACUUCCUGUAGUCCACAGCUCCAGAAGAAUAGGAGUGUAUGUGGAUCACAGUGCAGGAGUUUUGUCCUUCUACAGCGUCUCUGACACAAUGAGUCUGAUCCACAGAGUCCACACCACAUUCACUCAACCUCUGUAUCCUGUGUUUGGACUAAGUAAAUACUCAACAGUUAAAGUGUAUUAGUGUGUGUGUAUCAAUGAUGCAGAAAUUCUACAAAUAAUUGUCAUGUCAUGUGGCAAUGCACCAUGAUAAAUCACUAGCAGUGAGGGUCUUAUUUUUCUAACCAGUAAAUCAUAAACUUUUAAUAAUCUCACAGGAGUACAAUUUUUGUUAUCAGAUUUGUCUAAUAAUGGUUGUAGUGUUAGUGUGGGAGCUGAUUAUCAACCAUGUUGAAAAAUUGGAUUUAUAAUCAAAUGAUUUUUUAUAAAUCAUAUUCAGUCUUUUUGCAACUUUUCUUUUAAAUGUCCUCAUGUAGGGUUAAUGAAAAUGUUUUUAUAUGUAAAAAUAAUUUUGAUUCUGUCUUUUGAUUUUACUAUAUUGUUUCACACAAAACUAAGGAACUUAAAACAUUUUAUCAUAGAUGUGGGUUUAACGUUUGUCUGAAAAUGCUACAUUAUAUUCCCUUGCCUGUAUUGUGAAAUAAUUAUUGUAUGAAUAAAUCACAGUUUUUAGAGAUGCAUUUCUGAUUUCCUUCAUGUCACAAAAAUAAAAUAAAAUGUGAUGUUGAACUGUGGGACUGUUUUAGUAUUGUCAUUUUAAAGAGUUUCUAUAAUGCACUUCAAUCUAUAGAUUCACAGAAAAGAAUGCAUGCCUAAUAUUUAAAAACUUGA